AUGUCGUUCCCACCUCCUCCAGGUCUCCAAAAGGCACCCUCGUCUCUUCCCCCUCGUCCACCUACCACUGGUGGCGGAAGCGGCAAUGCGCGCCCCAACUCUGGAGCCCCAUUCACGGGGUUCCAGCCCCGCGCCCAACCUCAACCCUCCUACCAGAGCGGCCCAGCUUAUUAUGGGACUGCCUACAAUGAUCCCACCUCCUACGGCCAGCCCGCUCCUCAAGCUGCGAAUCCUUAUGCCGUGGCUUCGCACCAGCCCUAUGGCGCCCAGUACGGCCAGGGCGCAGUCGAUCCUCAGACGCAGGCCCAGAUGGCACAGUGGCAGAGUGCCUAUUCGACCACAACCGAUGACUAUUCCACGAAGGCGCGCGACUCUAAAGGUGCGGUGGGUGCAGCCCGUGGUGCGCCUACUCCAACUGCAGGUAACUCCACCCCCGCCCCUAAGCCCGAGAAGACGGUGGUGCGCUCUGGAGGUGGAAAGACCUGGACUGAUGACACUCUCGCCGAAUGGGACCCUGCCCAUUUUCGGCUGUUCGUGGGAAACUUGGCUGGCGAGGUGACCGACGACUCCCUUUUCAAAGCCUUCUCUAAGUACGCCUCUCUCCAAAAGGCGCGAGUCGUUCGCGAGAAGUCCUCCCAGAAGAGCAAGGGCUACGGCUUUGUCAGCUUCAGUGACGGUGACGACUACUUCAAGGCUGGUCGAGAGAUGCAGGGAAAGUACAUCAAUUCCCGCCCAGUCCUUCUGCGCCGUGCCACUGCCGAGGUCAAGCCUGUCAGCACCAAGAGCUUGAACAAAAACAACAAGCCCAAAAAGGACAAGAAAUCCACCGAGAGUCCCUCCGCCACCACCAUUGGGAAAGUGAAACAUGAUGGCGUCAAGAAGCCCGCCAAGACCAAGGGCGGACUGAAGAUCCUGGGGUGA